AUGGAGGAGAAACUCGAGCUGACGUCACUGGUGGUGGUUGGAAUUCUCUCCGCUUCGGUGUCAUUUUUGCUCUUCAUUUUCUGCGGAAUCAUGAGCUACAAACUCUGGUGGAAGCGAAACGAGUACCGCCGAUUCGUCAAGGAAAGCAACUCGCGCGCGGACAACUUGACAACCGUCUUCGUCGGCUGGAAUCCGAUCUACGUGCCGCCCUGCUCCACGCACCGAAUUCUCCAAAUGAGCAGAGACGAAUCUUCCGACUCGAGCCAAAAUCGACAUCGCAUUUCCGAUCACGUGGUCUUCUUGCAAGCGGGACAAGCGGACGAGACUUGCGACGAGUUCUUCUACCGCGGCUUCGGAUAA